GCUGGUUCCUGGGCCAAUGAGGAUGUGGCGUGGAUCAAGUGUCACUAUAACAGAAGGACAUAAUCAGGGUGGUAAGUUUGCAGAACCUUAGAGCCAGUCUGGGCCAGCAGGGAGCUCACGUCUUUCAGCUUUUCUGAGGUUGCAAAGUCCACCGACAUCAUGUCCGACACAGAGGAAGUUGAGCAUGUGGAGGAAUACGAUGAGGAGAAGCCAAAGUUCAAGCCCAGUGCUCCAAAGAUCCCGGAGGGUGAGAAAGUGGACUUUGAUGACAUCCAGAAGAAGCGUCAGAACAAGGAUUUGAUCGAGCUGCAGGCCCUGAUCGAUGCUCACUUUGAGCACAGGAAGAAGGAGGAGGAGGAGCUGAUCGCGCUCAAGGACAGAAUCGAGAAGCGUCGUGCAGAGAGGACGGAGCAGCAGAGGGUCCGUGCUGAGAAAGACAAGGAGCGCCAGGCCAGACGAGAGGAGGAGCGGCGGAUGAGGGAGGAGUCUGAGGCCAAGAAGAAGGCAGAGGAGGAGGCCAAGAAGAAGGUGGCGCUGUCAGCAAUGGGCUCCAGCUACAGCAGCCACCUGCAGAGGGCUGACCAGAAGAGAGGAGGCAAAAAAGAAACUGAGAGAGAGAAGAAGAAGAAGAUCCUGGCCGGAAGACGCAAACCUCUCAACAUCGACCACCUGAACGAAGACAAGCUGAAGGAUAAGAUUAAAGAGCUCCAUGAUUGGAUGGUGCAACUGGAGUCUGAGAAGUUCGACCACAUGGAGAGACUGAAGAGGCAGAAGUACGAGGUCACGACCCUGCGUAAGAGAGUCGAGGAGCUCAGUAAAUUCAGCAAGAAGGGAGCCGCCGCCCGCCGCAGAAAGUAGAUCAACUAA